AUGGACCAACCAAGCGAGGUCUUGAAAGAAUUGAACCGAACAGUUCCAUGUUAUGCCGCGACCAUAUUCAGCGAAAAUGGCAUUUGGCAUGGCACAAACCCCUUGGUUCAAGUCAUUCCUCUCUUCAUUGCUCAGCAAGCCUUUGCUAUUUUCUGGAAUCGCCUUGUCCUCCUCGCUUUCAAGCCUUUCAAGCAGCCUCGUUUUGUCGCUGAAGUCAUUGGUGGCAUACUGCUAGGUCCAUCGGGACUGGGAAGAAGUGAAACUUUCAGCAAGAAGCUCUUCCCUCCUCUUGGUUUCAAGGUGCUGGAUCCAAUGGCACACUUCGCCCUCGUCUACCACGCCUUCCUCAUCGGACUAGAGACCGACCUAGAAGCCAUACCCCAAGCCGGAAAGAGGGCUUUCAGCGUAGCCAUCGCCGGAAUUAUUUUCCCUUUCAUCUUGGGUGCAUGUCUAUUCAUCCCUUUCCGUGACAAAAGCAGCAGCCCGGUGGAUUUCAUCUUCUGGGCUAGUACCCUCACCGUCACCGGCUGCUCAGUCCUCGGCCGUACUCUUGACAAGCUCAAGAUCCUCCAAACCGACAUGGCGAGAACCGCCUUGUCCGCAUCCGUGAUCAAUGACCUCGGUGCAAGGUUUUUACUUUCAGUGGCAAUUGCCUUAUCAGGUGGUUUAUCAACAAUCCAUUGGACAUUUUUCUCUACCUUGGCCUUCAUGUUGCUCUCCGUUUUUUACCUCCGUCCGGCCCUCCUGUGGGUGCUCCACCGGAAGCCGGAAGGAGAGGGAUUCAGUGAGUACUACAUAUCAUCCGUUCUAGUUGGUGUUGGGUUGUGUGGUGUUCUAACUGAUGCACUUGGGACACACCCUAUAGUGGGUGCUUUUGCAUUUGGACUUGCUAUACCGCGCGGAGAGCUUGAAGCUACCAUAGUUGAUAGGCUCGAAGAAUUCGUGUCCGCUUUCUUGAUGCCAUUGUUCUUUGCAGUUUGUGGUCUUAAAACCGACAUUGAUACGAUCGUAGAUAAUACUUCCUUGGCAAUGGUGUUGUUGGUAAUUGUUCUGGCUUCUUCUGCCAAGAUUGUGAGCACUGUCCUCGCCUCUUUCUUAUGCAAGAUUGAAAUUAAGGAAGCCAUGACUCUUGGACUAGUUAUGAACACCAAAAGCAUCUUGGCCGUGAUCAUCCUUUAUUUGGGACUGGAGCAAAGGGCUCUGAGUAUCCAAACUUAUACUAUAAUGCUGAUAACUGUAUUGGUGAUGACCAUCACUGUCAUGCCCAUCAUGAUGUUAAACCGGCCGUCAAGGACCAUUGUGCCCUACAAGAGGAGGACCAUACAGAAAGCAAAACCUGAGGAAGAGUUCCGAAUCCUCGCCUGCAUCCACGGAAUGCGCAAUGUUCCGGGCAUCAUCAACCUCCUCGAAGUCUCCAACCCCACCCGAACAUCCCCCAUCACCGUCUUCGCCGUCCAUCUAGUCGAGCUCAUCGGACGCGCCUCCGCGGUGGUCACCAUCCACGAUACCAAAAAAUCCGGCGUCAAAAACCCUAAUCACAUCCAAGCCCAAACUGACCAGAUCAUCACCGCCUUCGAGCAGUUUGAACGUCGGUCCAACUCCGUCACCAUCCAGCCGCUUCUCGCCCGGUCAUCAUACUCCACCAUGGACGAAGACAUCUGCAGCAUUGCCGAGGACAGGCGCGUGGCACUCAUUAUCCUCCCAUUUCACAGGCAGCAAACCCUAGAUGGUGAAAUGGAGGACAUCAACCCCGCCAUCCGGGACGUCAACGAGAACGUUCUGGCCACCGCCCCGUGCUCCAUCGGAGUAGUCAUCGACCGGGGACUGGCAGAAUCCGGCGACUUCGCUCGCCGCAUCGCCGUGCUAUACUUCGGAGGACCGGACGACCGGGAGGCCUUAUCCUAUGCAUGGAGGAUGGCUCAACAUCAAGAUGUGAGCCUAAGCGUGGUUAGAUUCAUCGCAAGUGAUCAUGCAUUGGAUGUGGACCCUAUGGACUUCAUGAGCAAACAAGGGAUGGUUAGUGUCAACAUAGAUAUUGUGAGAGAGAAGGAACGUGAUGAGGAUUUCUUGAACAAGUUCAAGAUUAACACGGGUGAUGAUGCAUCAAUUUCGUAUUCGGAAUUGUUGCUGAACAAUGAGGAAGACACUGUGACUGCAAUUAAGGCAAUGGACCGCGAAAAUUACGAUCUUUAUGUGGUUGGAAAGGGAAGAGGAAUGAUGUCGCCGCUCACGGCGGGACUAAUAGACUGGUGUGACUGCCCGGAGCUCGGGGCCAUCGGGGAUGUGUUGGUGACGUCGGAGUUCUCGUCGGCCUUUUCGGUGCUGGUGGUGCAACAGUAUAGCAGGACGGCAUUGAUAGACGGGUCGGAGAGGACGUUGAGCUCCUCGAAUAAUACGAGGGAGGAAUUGGAGCAGCCGGAGUGGCAGGAGCUGGAGGAGGGUGUUGGUGGUGAUCCGUUUGCUAGUUCUAGAAAUUUUAAUGACAUUCAUGAUAAGUAUCGACUGGGGACGGAUAAUAAAAGUAAUGAGUAUCCGCAUUGA